AUGGCUACUGAUGAUCAUAACAAUCCAAUGGAUGUGGAUUCCGUAGAAAGUGAAUCAAUAGAAUCGUGCUUUAACAAGUUAAAAGAAGAAUUACCGGACAAAACUACCCUACUGAAUAAUAUCUUAGAAUAUAUCACUAACUUAAAAUCUGAUAACCAAAACCUUAGGAAUGAUAUAUCAGAACAAACAAAUUUAUUGAACAAUAUUUCAGUAGAAUAUAAAGAAUUUGAGGAAAUCACUCGUGGACUAAACGAAGAACUGUCGAAACGAGAAAAUGUUUUAAAAAUUCGGAAUCAGGAAUUUGAGGAACAACAAAGUUUACUAAAGAUUAUUUCGGAACAAAAUGUAAAAUUAAAUGAUAAAAAUAAAGAACUUGCGGAAUUAACCGAAGAACUGUCAAAACGAGAAAAUGAUUUACAAAUUC